UUCACUCGUAUUUAGUUUUCGUCAUUUAUCGGUGGCAUACAGUGUUCAUUAGAUAACACGUCCGUAUUCAAGUAUUAUUUUAUACUGUAUUUUAUUAAGAAUGUUUUAUUUAAAUUUCUUUCUUAUUUGUGCGGUGUUGAGUGUGUUGGUAAAUAAUGCGAGCCCAGCAAAAAUAUUAGCAGUAUUCCCUGUACCUUCAAUCAGUCAUCAAGUUGUUUUUCAAGCGUAUAUAAAAGAACUGGCUAAUAAUGGACAUGAACUUGUAAUCAUCACACCUAAUCCCUUCAUCGCUAAAGAAAAUAUUAAAAACGUAACAGAAAUAGAUGUGAGUGCUGCGUAUGAAGUUGUUAAAAAUAUAAUGCAAAAAAAUAAUCCAGAACAAAAUUUUAGACGCGGUGUAGUACAAGAUCCAUCUCCGGAAAACUUAACAGGUUUAUACAAACUUGUAACUCAGAUGUUUGUAGCACAAUUUAAUCAACCAAGUGUAAAAAAGUUGAUAAAAGAUAAAGAACAGUUUGAUCUAGUAAUCAUCGAAGCAUUUUUAGAAUACUCAUUGAUUUUUAGUCACAUAUUCAAGGCUCCAACAAUAUUGCUGUGUUCCUUUUUUGGUUUUCCUAAACUUCACGAUGUCAUAGGUUCCGCAUCAAGACAUCCCAUUUUUUAUCCACACCUUCAGAGAACUAAAUUCAGAGACUAUACUUUCUGGGAUCGAAUUAGAGAGACUGUAUUAGAACUAAGAUUAAAAUAUUCAGAAUCUGUAAUAGAUCAAUAUCAAAAUGAAGCUUUAAAAAAGAAUUUUGGUGAUGAUACACCGACUGUGGACGAGUUGCAAAGUAAUAUAGAUUUGCUGUUUUUGAACUCUCAUCCGAUGAUUACUAACAAUAGACCGGCACCUCCUAAUUUGAUACAUUUGGGUGGUCUUCACUUGAAACCAAUUAAGGAUUUGCCUCAAGAUUUGAAGCAAUACCUGGACAGUUCCACUCAAGGCGUAGUCUACGUUAGUUUUGGUAGUAAUGUUAAACCAGCAAAUAUGGACACUGAACUGUUAAACGUAUUUAUAGAGGCUUUCAAGAAGUUGCCUUACAACGUGCUCUGGAAGUUCGACGGGGACAACUUGAAGGACCUGCCUGGAAACUUGAAGAUACAGAAGUGGUUUCCUCAAAGGGAUUUGCUGGCUCACCCGAACGUCAAAGUGUUUGUAACCCAAGGCGGCCUACAGUCCUUCGACGAAGCAGUAGAUGUGGCUGUACCUCUAGUAGGGAUCCCAAUGAUGAACGAUCAAUGGCAUAAUGCAUACAAGUUCGUUGACCUCGGCAUUGGCCUCACUUUAGAUGCUUUGAUCUUGAAGACUGAUGAUGUUGUCAAUGCUGUCGAGACUGUGAUCAAAGAUGACAGCUUUAAAAAGAACAUGGAGAAAAUUCGUAGAAUUUGGUAUGACCAGCCGCAAAAACCUAUGGAGCGCGCCAUCUGGUGGACAGAAUAUGUACUGAGGCACGGCGGCGCGCGUCAUCUGAGAGCAGCUUCUGCAAAUGUUUCGUGGAUUGAGUAUUGGAUGAUCGAUGUUGUCGCUGCGUUAUUUGUAGCAUUGUUUAUGGUUGUUGUUACUAUAGUUAGUAUAGUAAAUAAAAUAUUUAACUUAUGUGUUGGUAAAAGAAAAGUAAAGACUAAUUGAGAUAUAAGUAGUCCUUUUGCCGAUUUGUUUGUUAUUGUUACAUUUGAAACUAUUUUAUAGAUAAAAUUUUCUCAAGUUUUCCUCUUGGACUAAUCUGGCAUGCAGUACAGUAUUGACCUAGUUUCAUACUCAUGUUACAUGAUUUAACUGAUCAAAUAAAAUUGUUUUUAUUUCAUUUCUAAUAUUACACUCCAUCAACAUUUUUAUUACGUUACCGUAAUAAAAAUGUUGAAAAUCUUAUUUAUUUGUGAGCGUUACUUUCUUUGAAUACAAAUAUAAGAAAAUGCAGUGAAUUGAAAAUUUUAUUAAGUUGAUGUUACAUAUUUACUUAAAACAUACGACAAUUAUUUAACAGUUCAAUAUUUUUGACAGUUGGUUCUUUGUGUAACGCCUUCAGUACUUAUCAAAAAGUGAAAUAUUCUAUGACAAAAAAAGACAACAACCUUCAAUUAUUAUCACAAACAUAUCGAGAUUAUAGCCUCGAUGUUUCGGAUAUAUGAUCUCUGUUUAAGAAACUGAAGAGAUCAAUUACAGGAAAUUAUGGGUUACAAUCUUCAAAGAGAAAGAGGCCCACGCCAUCUAUUGGAGGAUUCUUCAAAUGUUUCGUGGAUUGAUUAUUGGAAGAUCGAUGUUCUGUUUUCUUUGAUUGUGUCAUUCAUUAUGACUCUUAUCAUAUUAGUUGUAGGAGUGAAAAUAGUGCUUAAAUGGUCGAAAUAUAGAGGACUAUAUUUUUAAACGCAUAUUUAUUAAAUUUUGUGUAAGAACUUUAUUAUUAUAAACAGUGAGUGUAUGAGUUUGUAUGUUUGAGGCGGGUCAUCUCCGAAACUACACUUUUUUACACUACUAAACUUUCAGAAAGGUAUAUUAUCCAAAAUUGCUAUAGGCUAUAUUUUAUCCCAAAAUUCUCACGGGUGCGAAGCCCCGUGGGAAGUAGUUUGUAAAUAAACUAAUAAGAUUAAGUUAAAAAUUAUUCCGUGUUAUAUAAUGUCUUAAAAUUUUAUUCAAAUAGGGUGUUGAGGUGAAAUAUUUAAUAUGAUUAUUUAUUCAAUAUCCCAUUAUCCUUCACAGCAAAAUUGAAUGUUUUCGAGAAACUCCGCUUUUAAUCAUUCAAUGAAAACGGAUAAUAGGGAUUUAAUCUGUGAUAUUUACAUUUCCAAACCUCUUUCUAUCAAAUCGCGUGUGUUUUGGUAAAGGUUUUCAAAUAUUAAUGAGAUGCGAAUAAUAAACACUGUGUGAGGUACACACACACACACACACCUGUCGUAUGAAUGGCUAAUGUUUUCAAUGUUCUUUAAUGUAUCAUGAUUAUUUUCCUAUUAUAGAUAUUCUCAUUUAUUUUUUUGUUUAUCGUUUACAAUUUAGCCAUUUUCAGUUUGGUUCCAAGGUUUGAUUGGCCUUAAAAUCCAUUUAUUAUUAUUA